UCUGCCACUUCACCAAACAAGGAGAAUUCUCCUUCGCGUGCAAAUUCUAAGCUCCAAGCCUCUUCAUCUCAAGAAAAAAUUGCCGAAAAUUCCGAAUCCACCUCAAAAUCGAAUGAAGACAUGGCCUUUGAAAGCGCCAAAGUUGAAGUUACUCCUGCAUUUACUCAAUCCCCUCCUGGCGAAAUUUCUGGAUUAGCAACGAUAGAAGACGAAUCAUAUAACUCAACCUCUCUAAUCAAGAGUCCUGCUAGGGAUAGUUCAAAUCCUCAGCUCCCUGGAUCUUCUGAUUCAUCGGCGCAACCAAUAUCGUCGGAGGGAAAUAAAUCCAACGAAAAGCAAAAUGUUGUCCUAUCGGGUUCGCCAGCUGAGAGGGAUGAAUUAUUAGAACUUUCUAAAUCAUCUUCAUCGCAGCCAUCUCCUUCAGAGGGUGACAAUUCAAAGGGAAUACCACUUGUGGCUUCAUCAGAUAAGGACAAGAAGAAAGUGGCUUCACAGGCUGUAGCCCUUGAAACUUCGGAUUCUUCUUUGCCAUCUUCACUUUCCAAAGACAACAGCUCCAAGAGAAUACGUUUGGCUGAGCACAAAUCUCCAGCUAAAAACGCGACACUGGGAAGUCGGAAGAGUAAAUUAUUGGCCUCGUCUGGACCGACGAAGCCUUCAGAGAUAAAUAAAUCUGAGAAAUCCAUGCCUGAACUUUCGGUUGUCUCAAUUAACUCCCUUGGUUUUCUCCUUCUUUCAGCCAAGAGAGUACCCGAAAUCCCAAGGCGGAUUCUUACGCCAAAAGUUCAAUCUCAUAAAGUAAUACCUAAUCUGCCUUCACGAACUGAUUUCGCUUCAGCAGAUCGUAUUCAAACUCGCCCAAUGGGGAUAAGGCGGAGGAAGCCGGCUGCUUUACCCAUGUCUUUAGAGGACAUAGUUACUCGGAAGUUCUCGAAAUCGGUUUUCAGGUGGUUUGAUGCAUUAACCACUCAUCAAAGUGAACGUGUAUCCAAAGACCCUAGGGAUAUUCCUUCCCUUCAAAUUCCGGAAUCUUCUACCUCUCUGAUUAAACCCAAUUCCCAAGAGGGAAUUUCCACUGUUAAAUCAAUUUCUCUUGUUGAAGAAUCAAAAUCUACCGAGGAAGUCGAUAACCAGCCCACCAUUUCUCCCCCCAUUUGUUCUUCCUCUCUUCCUCAGCUGUUUGUUCCCAAAACACCUGAGAAGCCCGCUCCUCACGCCCGGUUUAGUUCUGCCAGUCCAAAUUAUUUGCCUGUUCCCCAAUCGACUGGAUUUAAUGUUCCAGAGAAACCUGCCUCCAAUAUUCAAAAUUUUACUUCAAGUCCUAAGCUUCUGGAACAAUCGGAUAACCGGCAUAAUGCUUCACCAGCAGCUUCCAAAUCAACUGGACCAAAACCUUCAGAGAAACAUAUCCCCAAUAUUCAAAAUAGUCCUUCCAGUCCUAAGCUUCUGGAACAAUCGGAUAACCGGCAUAAUGCUUCACCACCAGCUUCCAAAUCAACCGGACCAAAACCUUCAGAGAAACCUGAGCCCUUCCUAAGUUCCGAUGUUGAACUUUUAAGGUCUUGCCUUCCUUUAGGGAGUUGUGUGGCUGUUGAAUCAGGUAUAGUUACCUCUUCCCAAACUCAGUCUCUCUUUGACAGCCUUCUGGAUUAUUUUGUUGGUAAACAGCCAACCCCUCCAACUGCCUCAUCUUCAAAUUUAAAUAUGGAUAUCAUCUGUGAUGCUCUGACUGAAUCACUUGAAAUUGUAUUGAAAUCAAACCCUGAUCUUCCCCUAUUUCCGCCUCCCGUUUGUGCUGUUAGAGCAGCUACCCUUUUAAAAUCUAUUAAUAAGGGUUCAGAUAUCUCGGCUUUCAAUUCUUGGUUCCGAGUUCGAACUCAUGCAUCAAAGAAAAAGGCCCGAUGUCCACCGAAAUCUCCCACGCUUCUCUUUCGUUUGGCUCAGACGUCAUUUCUCACAUGCGAUCUCUCCAAACGUGAAGAUCUACUUUACCAAUUGUCCAAUUUUCUUGCAUUUAAUGGCUAUGAUUCGGCUCCUCUCACUUGUCUUCUCCUGGCAUUUCAAUCCAAUCCCUCAUCUCCACCGUCAAGUUUGGAUUCUGCCUAUCAAUUUCUAGCUUGGAAGGAAAGGGAUCAGUGUCCUGAUUCGAAUGAAUUCGUAACAGCUCUCUGUCAAGUCUCCUUUUAUUCUGACUCACCAUCAAUAACCUUACUGAGAGAAUUCGUUUCAUCUCUUGUCAAUGACUUCUGCUACGGUAAGAAAGAUCAGGAGGAUACUCCCGAAAAUCGUGAAGAUAUUGCUAGGGCUCUUAGACUCGUGUUCACUUUUCAUGCUUUCACUGAGUUGGAUGUCAAAAAAUCGGCUGCAAAUCGAUUUGGUUUAGCUGGAUGGCUCCUUAAAGUUCGCCUACUCAAUUGGAUCAAUAGUUUGGAAAAGGGAGUGGAAAUGUGCGCAUCCACAUCGAAAUUGCUACUUCGAAUUUGUUCAUUAACCGUGGAUAUCAUUCUUCUCACUACUCAGUUGGAUAUGCAGAUGAAUUCUCACAAAACCACAGCCAAAGUAUUAUCUCCAUGUCAACGUGGUCUCACUUAUUGCAGUGACAAACUUUUCGAAGUUCUUAUCUCAAUUCCGAACACUUUUCGUGAACAUAUUCCUUGUAUUGUAGUUUGCCUUCUACGAUUGGCUCCUUGUUUGAGCGAGGAACAAAUCUCCAAACUCCGGAUUUAUUUGAUUGAUCUAUCAAAAGAGGACUUGUCCACUCACGAGCCAUUGAUGCUUCCCUCCAUAUUACCCCCACUACAAAAUGCCUUUGUAAAUCAUAUCCUCGAUCGAUUAAAGCUCUCCUCAAAUCAUCCCCUUGUACAGGUCUUAAAGAAAAUCCUUAACUUAACUUUAUAA